AUGAUCAAUCUCGGUCUCCAACGGAUCUCGCGUCUCCUCGCCCCCCUCUUCACAGCCCACCCAACCCUACCCUUCAAAGCCAUCCACAUCGCCGGCACCAACGGCAAAGGCAGCGUCGCGGCGCUCAUCUCGACAGUUCUGUCUGCUUCCGGCUACCGCGUCGGCCGCUUCACUUCGCCCCAUGUGAUCGACCGAUGGGACUGCAUCACGCUCGACCAACAAGUCGUGGACCGUGACCUGUUUUUAUCUGUGGAACGGGAUGUGAAGUCCAAGGCCGGGGCGGGGCCGGGGGGUGAGGAUGCCUCUGAAUUUGAGAUCCUCACAGCUACGGCGUUUGAGUUGUUUGCCGCCGAGAAGGUCGAUGUUGCUGUGGUCGAGUGUGGGCUCGGCGGACGUCUGGAUGCGACGAACGUCCUGAGACCCCAGGAUGUUUUGGUCAGCGUGUUGACCAAGGUCGGGCUCGAUCAUACCGAGUUUCUGGGCGAGACGGUGGAGGCGGUGGCGAGGGAGAAGGUGGGGAUUUUCAAGCCGGGGGUGCCUGUUGUCGUCGAUGAGAGUAAUGAUGGGAUGGUGUUGGAGGUGGUUAGGAAGAAGGUGGAGGAGGUGGAGGUGGAGGUGGAGGAAGAGGAGCUUGCUUCUGGAGAGGGGGCUGGUCUUUUCGUUUUACCUGAAGAUCUGAAGGGGAGGUUGGUGACCGUUCAAGGACUUGCUCAGCUUGGAUUGGCGGAUCAUCAGGUUCAGAAUCUGGUUACGGCGUUUACGGCAUAUUAUAUUGCGGAAGAGCAGCUGGAGAAAUUACGAACAGCGAUACCAUCGACGACACCAUCAACAAGCCCAACAACCUCAACGAGACCGACAGUACCAACGACAUUCGAAGAACGUAUUUCGAAAAUCACACAAUCCCUUCCAUCUCUCGUUCGUCAAGCUCAAUCGUCUCUGCGCGGUCGGCUCGAAUGGCUCAGUCUAUCGCCAACAGUGCUUUCGAUGGACCGAGAGAUUGUUGCAGAUGCAGAUACAGACGCCGAUGGUCCUGUCAAAGUCCUUCUCGACGGAGCGCAUAAUCCCCAAUCAGCGCACGCAUUGGCCGACUAUGUCGAUGGCCAUAUCCGAGGCGAUUGUCCCGUGACUUGGGUCCUGGCCGCAAAGAAUGACAAGGAUGUCCGCUCCAUGCUGUCGAUUCUGCUGAGAUCCUCGGAUAAUAUCGUCACUUGCUCCUUCGGUCCGGUUGAUGGUAUGCCUUGGGUCAAGAGUAUGGAUGCUUCCCAGCUGGCGGGGGUGGUGCGUGAGUUUAUCACUGAUGGUGUUGUCGAGGUGGCUCAGACUGGCUGCGUUGACGAGGCGGUGCGGAAGGCUGUCAAGAUUGCGAGUGGUCGGGGAAGUGAACAGAUCGUGAAUUGCCAAGGGACCGGGAACGGAAAUGGAAAUGGAAAAGGGCCGAUUUGUAUCGCUGGCAGUUUGUACCUGGUUGGCGAUACCUUACGGUGGCUGAGAGAGGCUGAGAUAUCGGGAAAGUGA